AUGGCCACCCUAACGGAGACCAUUACGCUGCGUCGCCGUCGUACACCGGGCGCGCGCCGCUUUUCCACAAAUCAGGCCGGAACCUACGUCGCUCGUUCUCUAUGCCAGUCCCUGCCGCAUUCACUAGAAGCUCUAGACCUCUCCGGUUCCACCAUCUCUCCAGCUCUCGCUGAAGUACGUCUCCAGGUCCUUUCGUUCCUCGCCGACCUCGAAGCGCGCCUUGUCCUCCUUGACUCGCCCAAGUCAGAGUCAUCUCAAGUGCAUGGCGAGUUUGCCGCCGAGGACGCGCGAGCGUGGGCCAGGGAUGGAAGGCAACUGCUUCACUCGAUACGAACACAGGUCUGUUCGCAUCUGCCGGAGCUGACCCUGGAUAGCGUCCGGUCGCACAUGUCAGAAGUGUCGCCUCUAGAGGGUAUGCGCGCACACCUGUCGGAUAUGCCAGAUGCAGUGCGUUCUCGCUUGCCCGAACUAGACCUAUGGGAUAUGCGCGCACGCCUAGACGAUAUGUGCUCGCGUAUCUCCGACUUGGGCCUUAACAGACCGCUGCAUUACAUACAAUCCCUGUCCGACAACCUCCAGUCGCUUCGGGCGCACUUGUCUUCCCUAGAACUACCGCAGAGUCUCAAUCUGGCUGCGCUAUCUCCGAACGCCAGCUCUGCCUUCAAUGACCUAUAUGACAAAGUCGUCUCCUCCGAGCUGUAUGCUGAGAUAUCCUCCGACAUACGCGAAGGCGAGAAGGCUGCGCUCGAGAUCACACGGGCGGUCAAGCAGUCUGUAAAUGGCUCCCGUCUUAUCCUUUACGUGGACCUUCCCCAGCAAUGGCGAAAUAACCCCUUUGUUAAGCAUGGAUACCGGUUCAUCCCGUUACAGGAAUGGCCGCGGCUAAUUCUGUCCCUCUUCGCAUUGCACAACGAGACCCUGAAUAUCCAUACGCAUUUGAUACCCUUCUUCGCAUGGCUCUUGACCAUCUUUCCUUCCUCAGCGGGGCAGUCCGACAUGCCGCUGCUGACCUUCACUGCUUUCGCACUGCUUUGCCUGUUCACGAGCGCACUCUGGCAUACAAUGGCUGGUUGUGCACAUCCGACGGGCAUGGAGCUAUGUGCACGGAUAGAUUAUGUCGGGAUCGGAUGGCUCAUCAGUGCAUCGAUUGGAACGGUAGUGCACUACGGGUACCAGUGCAAUCCGAUGGCAUGCAAAUUCUUCCUGUCACUGUGCUUCAUUAUGGGUUUGUCUGGAAGCAUCUUGCCAUUCACCGACUGGUUCAAUAAAUACGAGUACCGCAGAUACCGCAUUGCGUUCUUCGUUGCUCUCGCCCUGACGAGCAUCGCGCCGCUCGCACACCUCGCAAAGCUGCACUCCGCCAUGCAGAUGUUUUCGUUCAUGCGCCCCAUUGUGCCUUCGCUCGUCUCGUAUGUCGCCGGGCUCGUCUUCUACGCUACGCACUUCCCGGAGUGUUACCUCUCCUCGCGUUGGGCGCACUCCCAUUUGCUCGAUCGCUUCGGCGGAGGCUCACACGCAAUCUGGCACGUCUUCAUCGUGAUUGCAAUCAGCCAGCACAAAGCUGCGAUGUCGGAGCUGAAGAGGGGUAUCGGUGAGGCGUGCUGGUGA